AUGACUCGCACCGUGGACGAGAUCAAAUACGAGACCCCUUCUUCAUGGGAGCACAAGAGCUUGGACGUUGCCGAGGAUGGCAGGCGACUAGCUCCCCAUUCCGACACAGCUCGUCCGAAAGGCCGGAUACGACGAUCCAUGACUGCCUGUCACACAUGUCGGAAGCUUAAAACAAGAUGUGAUCUAGAUCCGCGCGGUCAUGCGUGCCGUCGCUGUCUAUCUCUAAGAAUCGAUUGUAAGCUGCCAGAAACGACCGAUCGGUUCCAAGACAGUGCUGCGAUGUGGCCAGACGCCACCUCGGCAAUUCCCUCCAUUGAGGAGCGCCUCACCUCCCUAGAACGAUCCAUGAGGGAGAUGACGGGCAUGAUGCGGCAGAUGCUAGAUCACUCCCCAGGUUUCGCAAAUACUUCAAUUCCGCACUUGACAAAAAGUAUCAUGACGGAUGAUACUGCCUCCAUGGAGGGAAGCCCGUCGUCUCCCUUCCUGCCUAAACCCGUUCGCCUCAUUCAGGACCUCCAGUCCGACUUCUUCGGAGAAGCAGAAACUUCCCCCGUUGACUCUCCCCUCUCCAGUGACGGUGCCGCCAAGGGCGCUAUCGACUCCAAACUAUCCCUCAAAUUGUUGCAAACGUUUGUCGAUCACUUCGGUGCCUGCGUUUCUAUUUACAAUCUCUCCGAUAUCCACAAUGACAUGAAAGCCCCCGACUCUCUACUGUAUAAUACUGCAUGCCUUCUAGCUUCACGCUAUGUCCCGGGGAUACCAGCGUCUGCUGUGCAUGCUCUAUAUCUUCAAGUGCGACAUGCGGUAGUCAACAUCUUGUGGGAGAAACCUCCCCUGAAGUAUGAGACCCUCCAAGCACUUGCACUUCUCUGUCUCUGGCCAGCAACCGCCCAGAAAGAGCCACCCAUGGACAGCUGGCUGUUGAGUGGCAUCUCAAUCAACCAUGCGAUUAUUGCGCUUGAGUUUAUAAACUAUGCGCCCUCGGAAGUUGUGGUGGACAAUGAAACGGCUGCGCAGCUGCGGCUAUGGAAUACAUAUUGCUUGACACAGCUACAUUUUGCGGUCGGCAAUGCGCGUCCAUUCCAUAUCCAGCAGAGAUACCUUGAUCACUGCCCACGGAUACUGGAGCACCCCGCAGCAACCUUGGAGGACGCCAGGGUUGUCGCGGAAAUACAGCUCUAUUUGAUUACAUUGCGGCUCCAGAGCAAUAGCAGUCGAAUGCGGUUGGCGGACCUUGACUAUGAGGAAAUCGAGCGAUGGAAGAGGGAGUGGGCUCACCUUUUCUCUGGUGAAAGUUCCACAUUGGAGCUGAGCCUUUGGUUCUGCCAGACACUCCUUCACCGCACAGCAAUGAGGCUUCAGCCCAGAUCCGACAGGCUCGCAUCUGAGGUUCUGCAAACCUCACGUCUGAUCAUAUCGCGAUUCCUCCAGAUCCGGUACUCUACCGCAUUGAGCCUUGUCGACCAGGUCUACUUCAUUGUCGGCUACGCUGCUCUGAAUUUGUGUGAUUUCAACCUCAUGGACCCGCUCAUCGAGCAGGUGCAGAUGUUCCUGCUGCAUCUCGCGCCCAACGAAGACCAUAUCGCAUACCGGUUUUCGUGCAUGGUCGCCGAGUUCAAGCGGCGAUGUAGCAGUGCGGAAUGCAAUGAUCCGUCGUCCACGGUCAAAGGGUCUCCGUUGUCAUCCUACGGCGACAGUCGUAAGAUGAGCAUGGGUCAAGCACCGUUCAUGCCACCGCUCAUGGAUGGCAUGAUCGAGGGGUACGGCUUCGAGCAACUGAUGCCAGAAGUCAUGCCGAGUUCUUUUCCGGAUGGGAUACUCAACGGAAUGCCUGUGACUGGGCUAGCAGCGUAUCGGUCAGCGACGCUGUAA